AUGUAUCGUGCUAAGAGUGUUAUUGGCACACAGGAUCCGCGCCAACCUCACCACGUCCGGUACACUAGUUGUGGAUGUACUAAUACACCUCUUCAAACGACCAGAAGUCCCGUGAAAGACACUUCUCAAGUUCCUUCCACUCUCAUACCUAGAAUACAGUCACCGGCAUUUGGGCAUCUAAGUGCCGUUCGCAGAAGCCUGCAGGACAUUGGGGCAAGACAUCCAAGCCGCACUAUCUACCAUGCAUCCCCCACAAGGGAUCAAGAUCUCAACCAGCGUUCUGAGCUGCAAAGACCAUUAUCUAUCUCUGACUUGAUCAGCCCCAACCAACAAACCAUGGUUUUCGAUCGCGAAAAAGUAGAACCGAUUGUCCACAAGCUUUUAAAUGAUAGGGACGGACGGAUAGAGGGGAUAAAGAACAAGCUGCUUGAAGAUGUCAAGAAGGAGAUGGAUUAUCGACAUGAGCUUAUAGAUAACAUCGUUCACUCAAUAAAUACAGAACAGAAGAGGACACAAAGAUUACUGUCCCGAUCAGCCAUUGCUAACAAACUUCUAAGGAAGAUACAGACAAGACUUAACGAGCAAUCAACUCAGAUUGCUGAACUGCAGGCUCGUAUUGAAGACCUCGAAUUGCAACUUAAGCAGGAGCAGGCUCAAAAACCACGGCUGCAGUCCGCACUAGACCGGGUGAAUAAAUUUGAAGAUACAAUUGCUACCAACACAAGCAAGAUUGAUCAACAGACAAAGGCUAUACAUCAUUAUCUGCAAAACCUUCAACACUCCCUUGAGCAAAUUAUAUUAGAACAACGCAAGACAGGGGUCAAUGGUGUUGAUUCUGAAAGUACAGUGAGCAGAGCUGUUAGUAGUAUCCAUCAGCAGUUGGCUGCAGCAGAAACGCUGCAUUCUCUUCUGACUGAUAUGCCUAAAGAGUAG